AUGAUUCGCAAUCUCCAAAAUCUGAAAAAAGGGACGAUGAGCGGUGCGCUUGGAGUGGGGGCAACUCCAAUGCGCUUUAGUGAUUGGUGUGUGUCUGGGAAGACCGCCAGCAAUCAGCUGAUACUAUCCGACUCUGGUGUGGUGGAGUACCAAAGUCCGAUCAGAGACGUAACAGAUGGGAUUGCGAGCGACAAUCCACAGAUCCGCACUAUCAGCGAGUCUUCUGCCAGCGGGUCGUCCGGCACUAGAAUCCACAGCAGCGAGCCACUGGGCAUCGAAAAUCUACCAGUCGACCAAGAUGACUCUUUGUGCGACGGAGAAGCUUCCAACUCCAUCAAAUCCUCGUCUCAUACCGAGGCUCCAAGCAGCACCAAUCACCAAAACGAUCAAUAUGAUCAAUCUUCAAGUGAUGAGAUGAGAACUACGUCCGAAGGCAAUCCACUCACGGGUAAUACGCAUGAUAAAUCCAAAGCGAAGCCACGCGUGAGAAAGAGUAGAAGUAUCAAAUCAACUUCUGGGGCCCAUCUUGAAGUUUUAACUGGGAGCUCUGAUCAACUCAUCGCCUUCGAUAGGGAUGGCAUCCUGAAAAGAUUUGAAGCAGCGAUAUCCCCUGGCAAGCGACGUCCAAGAGCGGCAUCCGGUCGCGUUAAUCGACUCGCCAACUCGGCCGAUCUAGCGAUACACGAUCCGGCUUUCACAGACACAGCCCAUUGGACCAGAAGAAAAGGUCUCCAACCCUUUUGCACCUUACGCGACUACAUGCUGACAUGA